UCUGCCUGGGUCUAAUUUCUCGUCGGCCAGAUUUCCCCGUCGUGCAGCAACUAAACCCCAUGCUCGCGUACACACAAACAACUGACCACUGACCAGUCAAAAUGUCGGACACCAACCUGUCGGCCGUGCUGCACAAGAAAGGCGACCUCAGACUGGAAGAGCGCCCAAUUCCCGAACCUAAUGAAGGGGAGGUACAGUUGUCUAUGCGGAAAAUUGGAAUAUGUGGCUCGGACGUGAAAUACUGGACAACCGGAGGUAUCGGUCAGUUUGUGGUCACUCACCCCAUGCUUCUUGGACACGAAUGUAGUGGAGUGGUCAGCAAGGUCGGCAAGGGGGUUACUCACCUGAAACUAGGUGACCGUGUUGCCAUUGAGCCUCACAACAUCUGUCGUAAAUGUGAGUUCUGCAAGUCUGGUAGCUACAACCUUUGUAAAGAUGUGUUUUUCCUUGCGACGCCACCGGACAACGGCGCGCUGGCCAGAUACCACACGCACGCCGCCGACUUUGUCUUCAAAUUACCGGAUAACGUGAGUUUCGAGGAGGGCGCAUGCGUUGAGCCUCUGUCGGUGGGCCUACACGGCUGCCGUAGGGCUGGAGUGACCCUAGGGAGUCGCGUCCUGGUUUGUGGGGCUGGCCCAAUCGGCCUGUGUGCUAUGCUGAGUGCCAAGGCUUUGGGUGCGGCCGCGGUUUGUAUGACAGACAUUGACAGCAAGCGACUUGAAUUUGCCAGGAAAUGUGGAGCCACACAUACCUUGCUAGUAACCAAGGAUGAUAAACCAGAGGAUUUGGCCACAAAGGUUGCCGACCUGAUAGGGAGCGCUCCUCAACACACUGUAGAAUGCAGUGGCGCACAGUCCUCGGUCAAUUUGGGAGUUCUUGCGACGCGAUCGGGAGGAACAAUGGUGGUGAUUGGUCACGGUCCUGAUAACGUGUCAUUUCCGGUGUACAGUGUCAUCACCAGGGAGAUCACACUCAAGGGGUCAUUUCGGUACAUGAACACCUGGCCAACAUGUCUUGAGAUGAUGUCCUGUGGAAAAAUCGAUGUUAAACCUCUCAUCACCCACAUGUUCUCUCUGGAGGAAACACUGAAGGCCUUUGAAACUGCUAAAUCUGGCGAAGGGGUCAAGGUCAUCAUUGACUGCGAGAAGAAAGGGUGAAGGUCAGAAAUGACGAGGAAUAAGGGGUGAAGGUCACUGUCCGUGAAGAGGGAUAAAAGCCACUGUCCAUGAAAAGGAAAUAUGAAACCUAUCAGUCAAUGAUAAACAGGAAGGGUGAAAAAUAGGCUUAAAUGUUGUUGUUGUUUUUAUCAACAAUUUAUAAAAUAUAUCUAUAACAAACAAAAAAUAGUAUCAAAAUUUUA